AAUAAAUUUCAAAUCUUGUCUUCUCGCGCGAGCAAGAAGUCCCGGAGACGCUGCCUGGAUACAGGUUGUAGCUAGCGCGCCUAUAGUGGCGGACUGUGGCUAACGACAUCAACAUGGAGACUCCACAGAAAGGGGGGGUCAUUUCUGAUUUUCCACUAAAUAAAAUUGAGAGUCAGUCUACUGAACAAUUGUCCAUAAACCAAGUGGUGCCUUCUUUAAAUCUUCAAGAUGCCAGCCAGAAGCAGAAGCAGCUCAGUGUUUCAAUAGAUAAUUCACAUCAACAUUCAAGUCACUCCGUGGAGUUGGGUUUUCAGGACAGUAACUUGUCUCCAGCCCUUUUCCUUUUGCCUGUAAAGACAGAACUGGAACACUUUACUGACUUUACUUUACUGCAGCAAAGUGACAAUGACUUUGCACCUUUACGGGCAUACCCUGACAUUUCCACGGCGUCCGAUAGAUUUCCCUCUCCGGCCCAGGAUCACACCUCUCAGGCCUCAGAUUGUGGCUCUCUGUCUCAACAUCCUUUGGCCCAAACGACUGUCCUUUCAGAGGGAGGAACAAGCAGCUGCUGUGACACUGUGUCCUGGCACAGCUUAUCUGACAAACAAGAGAAAAUUGUUCCCUCCAGACUGUUUAUAACCUCUGGCAGACAAGGAGAUGACAAUAAUGGUGGUUCACCGAAGACCUCAAAGACACCAGUUGAGCCUCAAGUCCUGUUUGCUGGAGUAAAACCUAAAGUAGAGGCUUUAGACGAUGAUACUCUGUUUCUAAGAAAGGAUGUUUCUGCCCAGCAUUUGCUGGAGCUCCUACAGAGAGAAGUUGGUGUUCCCAGCAGCAGUUGUAGUGCAGUGUCCUCUACUUCUGAGAUGUCUGUUAAAAACACAGCGUCUUCUGUGACACAGUCUACACAUAGUACAGUUUGUAAACCCAGCCAGUUUAGAAGAGAAUGUCCUGCUGGUGAAGCUUCUCUGCCACACCAAGCUCAACAACCUAAAGCUCUGUCAUCUGAGGUGUUCAACAUCACCACAGGCUCUCGCAGCACUUUGCCUGAUAACAGCAGUGAAGAGUUGCAUAGAGAACUGUUGGCUGAGGCUGAGAUGAACAGAAGUGAAGAAUUUCAGUCUCAGAACCAACAAAAAAGUAGUCCUCCUCCUCUUGAUCUGUGUUUCACUCCAUAUCCAACAAAAACCUCUGUAGUCAAGAAAAGUGUCUCCCAAAGAAAUUUGACUGACAAGUCAUCAACGGGUCCUUUUUCAAGUGGGGUUGAGCGACUUCAUAGAGAGCAGAGCCUUUGGUCGUCAGGGAACCGAACAGGAAUUGAUGGCUCGUAUUUAGGUUUCCUACCACAGUCUCAAUCCACUCCAGGGAUUUUUCUGAACAAACCCAAAUCCAAUGUCAUGGCUGUUUUGGGCAAACCUUCUGCCAUCGAAUAUGAUAAAGAAAACUCCCAUCAGUGCAAAACUGGGAUUUCGCCACAGGAUGCUAUUUCUGAACCUAAUGACAUUGAGGCGGAAAGUCAGAACCACGAGGACUCGUCAAAAGUCCAGUCUCUUCCUAGUUUUAACUACAUUCAGAAAGUAGAUGCAUGGAGGACCAAUCAGAGUUCCAGUAAAACCUCUCUGUUUGAUAGUCUAGCAUUGCAAGGACUUUCUGAAAUCUCUCCUAAAAAGAAAGCCUACGACACAGUCUCUGAGACCCUGAAUCAUUUACUGACUGAAAAAGUAAAAACUUUACAGAAUGCUCCUGGUUCCAGCCCUGCCAACCAGAAUAUGACACAGAGCUCUUCUGAAGUCCCUUCAGGAUCUUGCUGUUCAAAGAGAACAGAGGCAGUUGGAGGUGCACCCAGUGACCAAGACAACAGCGGCUCUGCAGUUAGACCCACCACCCCUCCCUUUGGUAGGUCUCAGUCCCACUCCUCUCUCAGCACGGUCGUCAUGUCAGCCCAGAAGGAAAGAGAAGAAGCUCAGGUUGAGGACGAUGACAGUCGGAGGACAAAUGUUUCAACUAAGCCCUCAGCUCCACUGAGCCUCGGUCUCUUCAGUGACAUCUCUCUUGAUAGAGAGCUGGCACUUUCAAGUUCACAGGACAGUUACAAGAGUGGAGUGAAGUUAGGUGCGUCCAUUGGAGCAUCUUCUGUCACCAGCCUAGAGGUUGAUAACUAUGCUCCCUACUGGACCAUCAAACAGUCGUCAACAACACCCGCUCUGACCGGACCUCAGGAACUCAACAUUGAAGAGCGAAUCCCGUUGUAUCUCCACAACCUGGGUAUUGACCAGUCUCCCUCAACAAUCCUGACUCCUUUUGUGCCUAGAGGGCCGAUCCGAGAACCAGAGUUUUCUCCCACUGAUUUCUGUACGAUUAAAGGAUCUAUUGGAACCCCAACCAAAAGCACCCAACCUUCAGAAGGUGACAGCCCCCAUAAAGGAGAGUUUUCCAGGUCUAGUAUUCUGUCUGUGGGCUCAAGCAUUUCCAUACCCAUUAGCCUGGACAGUCUGGGUCCAGCUGUAUCCAAUUUAGACCGGAGAACUUCUCCUUCCACAGUUAGAGAAGCUUUUCACAGUGAUUGCAGAGCUGCAGCCACCUGUGCAGACUCCCACUCUGACAUUUUGCUACCUAGCCAACAGGUUAACAGCAGUGUAAUCAGCAACCAGAAUGUUGUCCAAUUGGAUGAAGGCUCUGACGCCGACCACUCACUAGCUCCUCUGACCAGAUCAGAGGAGUCAGACUUUGAGUCGCCGCUGCAAAUGAGCCGUAGCUUGGUAAAAAGUGCUUCAGACUCUGUUGUGAGCGCUAAGACAUUUUUAAAAUUCCAAAAACUACUCUCAGAUUCUCAGACGGACAACGAGGUGUCUGCUGGGUCGUCUAUAGCUUCCUCAGCCUCUAAAGAAGACAUUUUCCUGCCGUUGAAGACCAAAAGCAGUAGAUUCCAGGAUUCCACUUUCUCCUCCUCCUCUGCUGCAGAAGACCCCACACGUCAGUCCUCCCUGCUGUGGGCUAGGUCCUCGUCUGAUUCCAUGCUGAUGUCAGAGAAACCAAGGCAAAGUUCUGUCGGUCGAGAAAGCACGACUUCAUCACUGCAGCCUUAUUUUCCCUCCACACCAUCACUGACCCUUGCAUCUACAGCACACUCACCUCUGGUGCCCCCCAAACCAGCCUGUCGGGCAGAGCCUGAGGGCUGCAGUGCUGCCCCUCCUGACAACACGGUCGCAACACAGCCACAGGUCGGCCAGUCUCAGCUGCAGCAGCUGCCCUCCACACCUGCAGAGAUGGAUGCUGGUCCAGCAGAAGAAGAGAUUACUGCACAGAGUAGUUCUUCGGUUCCCCAACCUGAAGACAUGGAUCAGGGAGGAAUAAGUGACUCCAGCAGCGGCAGCUCAUUGGCUGUCAGAGUGGUCAGGUUACUCCAAAGAGAGUCUCCCUCCACCCUGAUGUCCAGCACACCCAGCACCAUUGAUCAAGAUGAGAGCAAAGUCAGAGACUGGAUGAAACCCAAACUUCCAGGACAACAGAGUGAACUCCAGGAGUUGGAUGUAGAAGAUAAGAGAAGAAUUGAAGAGUUGAAGAGAGAAUUGCUGCUGAAAUAUCCAACCAUGGGCCAGCUGAGCACAGACACAGAGACCAGUGCUCCCUCCAGUAUUCCCAGUGACCGUUCUCCACCUCACACUCUCCACAGUAGCUUGAAGAGGCAGCGGUCUCAACCUGUGAAAUCGACCAGAACAAACCAGACUGAACCUGACGUUCACAAACUCCAACGCUCAGAGUCUUUAGAAGCACAGGUACGAAGGAUUGCUGCCAGAGAAGGUGUGAAUAUCACGCGAUCAAACACAGGGGCUCCCACAUCCAUUUCUAUCUCCACCUGCCGGCGUUCUGCCUCCCCCUCUCCCUCAACUUCACCUGCGCCUCCCCUCAGCCCGUCACCUGAGCCGCUUCACCCAAACGACCUCUCCACAGGACCACUGGAAAAUACUAAAGGUCAAAGAAACAACGCUCAAAGUGAAGAUAUGACAACCAGAGAGUCAACGACAGGAAGUCAGAAGAGGAGAGAAGCUGUUGGCGGUCUGGAUAAAGAAUCUUCUCCUUCCCUGCAGUGUUCAAACAGGGAGGAUGAACACCUGCGCUCCUAUCUGCCAGAUGACCAGUUCACCAUCAAUGAAAGCCUGAUUUCUGCUCCUAACAGAGCUGAAGAGAUGUCCCUGUCCUUUAGGGGGACACGUCACGUCUCACAUGUCCACGUCACUCUGUCUCCUAAAGCUGCUGAUCAAGGCCUGACCACAGAUGUCCCCUCCAGUCACACCACAGCUGGUUCCAGGCAUCCUCACAGAGAGUUUGUUUCUCCAAGACGCUCUCCACUAACAGCCAGCAGUCCAGAUGAAGAUGUGGGUCUGACCAGUCCACCAGAGUGGAGUGAGAUCAGAGGUCCACACAGAGCACCAGGCCUUGAAGGAGCUGAAAGCUCCACUGUGUUCAGCAGUGCUGCACCUCAGGGAAGGUUCACCUCCACCACCAAACCAGCCUUAACGUCACAGCGAUCUCCUGACAAUUCUUCUGGAACUGCAGCAGUUCCUGUCCUGUUGCCUUACAAACCUCACGGCAGCAAGGAGUUUUUCUACGUCCCUCAAUUAGAAGCCGACGUGUCCUCCGUCGACAAAUCUGACACCACCCUGGAGAGCACCCACCCAGGCUCAGAUGAUGCUGUGCCACCAAACUUCAGCAGUGACGUCCUUGGACACCAGGACCCAGGGCUGGACCGUGGUGUCACUAUCAGACACACAGAGGGGAUCUACAGCAAGAGGUUGAAGAUGGAGAACUACACAAUGAGGGAGAGCAGAGGCACAGUGUCCUCAUCAACUAACCAUGAGUCGUGGAGAAUAGAUGAGGGAACCAGUGGCUGUUGUGGACCACACAGGAGCCCUGAGACGUUCCUGCCUCUUCAUGCUGAGCUGGACUCAAACAGCAUCUUUCAUUACACAGGACAGAGCUCCGUCCUCCAGAACACUGAUGUCCAGCAGGAGACACACCCUGACGUUGUUGAACCGGUCCUGACCGACCUGGACCGAUUGUGGCAGAGGUUCUGUGACCAGUGGGUCAUAGAUGUUUGUCAACCAGACAAAACCAGGGACUCGUCCCUGCUGGUCCGACUGGAGCGUCUGUCUCACCUCAUUGAUAGACAGAGGAGAAACACGCCGGAGCGAGGUCAUGAAGCUGACUCCUUAGAACAGAUGACACAAGAGAGAGGAGGAGCUCCCAGGAGAGGAGACCAACAAAUACCUGAGAGCAGGGAGCGCAGAGGAGUCCAGAAGACGACGGAAGGACGGGAGACGUCCAAGGACAAACCCUCUCUGUCCCGACCUGAACCCAUAGAGGAGGAGCCAGGAGCCUCCUGCACCUCCACCCUGUCCCACAGCUCCUCCAGGAGUCUGCACCUCUCUUCUGAAGGCGGUGACAAGUCUGAGACGUUGUCCAACAGGUCCACGUCAUUGUCCGCCUUUGACUUCACUCGACCGCAGCAAAGAUCCAGUUCCCACAGAGAUGAGCAGCUGAAGAGCAGUUUCAGUCUCAGCAGACUCUACAGCGCCAUCAACAGGCAGAAGGAUGGCAGGGAGCAGAGGAGAGGGAGCCACAGGGUGGAUGUCGCGGCGUCAGAGACGACCAGAGCUGACGAGUCCUCGGUUGUUGCUGAUUCAGUCAGCACUUACGACCGGCCUCCACACCCCGGUCCCACCAAGAGUCUGACGGCCAAGAGAGCAGUGAGAGUGGUCAGCAGAGGAAUCCAGACGGCAGGCGACCUGGAGAUCGUCCGUAAUGGGACUCGACGCCACACCAGAGAUGUUGGAACUACAUUUCCUUCUCCUCAUGAGAGCAGAGCCUCCAGCCAGAGUUUGUCUUCAUCAUCCAGAGGGGACAGAAGAGGAGGAGGAGCAGGAGGAGGAGGCCGGAGUUACAAACACAGGAAAAGCAAGAGGAGUCCGUCAAAGUUCUACCCUGCAGCUGUUUCCUGGUUCAUCUCUGCCCACGAGCUGGGGUCAGAGGCCAAGAAGGAGAACCAGCAACGGCCACAGGAGGUGGUGUUGGAUGAGAGGAAGGAGGAGGAGUGGAUGAGGAGAGUGAGCUCUGCCAUGUUCUUUCCUCACAGUAGAAGUCACGAGUGGAGAGAACCACUCAAACAGAGACAAAUUCACGAGGGGAGGAACCAGCAGUCGACCACCAUGGGUCGCUAUGAACCUCAUUCUGGUUUUAGAACCAAAAGAACGUCAUCUGGUCUGGUACCAGUCUCUCUGCAGGAGGCGCUGCAGCUGCGUCGCCCAGAGUUCAUCUUCAGAUCUACGGAGAGACUGAAGUGUCUGGCUCUGCAGGCGAAGGAGAGGAGGCUGCAGGCUUUCCUCACCAGAGAGAAGGAGCAGUUCUUCUACCAGACUGGAGGAGGACGAGGGACAAGAGGAGGAGGAGGAGGAGGAGAGGGGAGAGCACCGAAACCUGCAGGUUCUGUUCAGCUCCGCAGAGCUGUACCUUGGAAGGAGAUGAUCCAGAGAUCCAAACUAAUCUACGAGAACCUUCCUGAGGUUCAGAGGAAGAGAGAAGAGGAACGAAGGAAAGCAGAGUACAGAACCAAUCGUCUCAACGUACAACUGUACAACAAGAGAAUCACCAAUCUCGUCCUGGGCCGACGAGCAGCCUGGCAGUGACCAAUCACUCUGACUAUAGAUGAAACUAACGGUUAUACUUUUUUACAUUGUAAACUAGCUGAAUAUUUUAUUUAUUACUGGAGACCAUGUUUCUGUUUUUAAAAUAGCUUUAGAUGCGUUUUUCAAACUGAGCCACAAUGUAAGAAUAAAACACGUUUCUAUUGAAAAUACAUUGUUUUUUAAAUAAAUCACAACAGGAUCAA